CGCGUCUAUCCCGGCGGUAAGUUUUUGUCAUGAUCGUUCUUUGAAAAUCAAAUGAAUGCUUUCUCAUCACUCAGCAACGGAUCGACAAUAUUUGGUAACACUUUUCGAUUAUUUCGAAGAUGUGAUAGGGAUCCAGUGCCGAAUGCAUGGCGGCUGCUACCCGGGCUUUGAUACCACGAAACCAAAGUUCGACUUGCCCGUACUAUACGAAGAUUCUCAUUGUGCGAUUGUGAACAAACCUGCCGGUAUUGUAUGUUACUCACAGCGGGACGACAACCACGGGGUAAUGACGGUUCGACACGCUCUUCCUUUUGUCCUGAAACCUCCCAAACGGGGGACGGCUGGCAUUUAUCUUAGGCCGGUUGGUGUGCAUCGGUUGGAUAAGCCUACCAGUGGCUUGCUUGUGGUUGCAAAGACGAAACCGGCAUUGGUGAAUUUAUCGAAACAGUUUGAGGACCGCAGAGUGAAGAAAACCUAUACUGCGGUCGUCAAUGGAAUCCCUGAGGAACCGAUCGAGACUAGUAUUACAUCGGAGGAGGCCUUGAAUCUAGGAAUAGAUAUUGGCGAUGGCGACCAAGCAUCAAAAUGGCAGCUUAUCGAUCACGCGCUCGACAAAAAGAGCGCAGUCACGGUGUGGAAACCUCUGAAUUAUACCAAGUCCCUGAAAGCCAAGGAUACCACACUUACACUUGUAGAACUGAAACCCAAAACGGGCCGCUACCACCAAUUGCGACGGCACAUGUCUUGGGUCCGUGGAUGCCCCCUCGUCGGAGAUGUGUCGUACGAUGGAGGUGGGGAAGCAACGAGUCUGCGGGGCAGAGGAUUAUUUUUAUGUUCGAAUAGGAUCCGUCUGGAACACCCGUACUAUAAUACAAUAGAGGGAAGAACCGAAUGGGAAGGUCUCCCAGAGCAACAAAAAUGGGCAAACGGCACACUUGUGUUGUCAGAGGAUGGUACCACAGUCGAAGUACACGCGAGCAUCGAUUUGCCAAACAAAUUUGAAACGUUCCUAGCCACAGAAAGGAGGCGUUACGAAAAAUUUGGGGAUGAUGUAGCGUAAAAUUCUAGAUGUUUUCGUUACAAGGGAUGCAAUGCAAUGCGUGUGAAACAGAUUGUAGGAGAUUAUCAUGAUUGCAAAUCUACAGUUGCCGAAAGAAUAUUCUUUGAGGUGAGAGGAUUGCAGUCCUUCUGGGUCUGCCCCAUGUGAAAUAGUGUAAGGGACACCACGACAUCGACCAAUACAGAGGACUUAAGAAUCCUUUUGCUGACAGGAGUUUGGUGCGAAAAGUAGAAGUAUGCAAGAGAUUCAUUCAUAUAUUCACAUGCUUCAACAAGUUGGAACAAAUUAACAAUUAUAAAAACG